AUGGCGAACCGCCCAUCUCUUAUCCUACCGUGGUUUAAGAAUGGGUCGGCGUCGGAAUAUCUGAGGUUGAAGAAUCCGGGAGCGGAUAGGUUAAGACUGAUUCUUGACGUUGCAGAAGGCUUGGAGUAUCUUCACACAUGCAAGCCUGCGCCCAUUGUUCAUGGGGAUUUGAAAGGCAACAAUAUCCUCAUCACAGACUCCGGGCACGCUACCCUCUCAGACUUCGGCUUAUCCCAAGUCAUUGAAGACUUGGUCUGCCCUACAGGAAUAACGCCGUCUAAGUUCGAAGCCGGCCCUAUCCGUUGGCAAAGUCCGGAAUUCCUCAUGGACGUAUCGGAAACCUGUCGUCCACAGCUUCCUGGUGAUGUUUGGAGUUUCGGGUGCACCGCGUACGAGCUUUUGACAGGAAACGUACCAUAUCACUUUCGCCGACGUGAUUCAACGGUCAUUCACGAUAUCCAGGCCGGUAUUCCCCCACCGGGUGUGGAGGAGAACAGUUUACACCGGGGUGAUGGUGGAAUUUGGGACCUAAUGAAUGAUUGUUGGAUUUCUUCGCCAGCGGAGAGGAUUCAUAUGACGGAGGUCGUGUUUAGGUUGAGGAAACUCUGCUCCCGUUCAUCCUGCGGCUCUUCUCCCCCUUCUGGUGCUUCGUGCGCUUCCUCCUACACCACAGCUACCUCCGCAUCCACAGACGUACUUAUCGCCCCGGCCGAUAAACGACAACAAUAA